UUUGUCCAGUUUAUCACACAUGACACACCGUCUGACUCACUCUGUCAUAAGUCGACGGUUCACUACAUGACAAGCGUUCAACAUUAGCCAGCCUGGAGACCGAGGAGCGAGCUCACGGCUAACGCUAAGUGUGCUACCGUCAAUGAACGUCUGUUAGCAUUAGCCUGCUGCUAGCCGCGGUACGACACUUGUCAGAAACUUCUGGAAACGUGUGGCUAACCUUUAAAAUACAGCCCUGUGGUAAAGACAAGCGACGGAGUGCUCCAUUAAAUGAGUGAUAAAGAAGACAGCAUGGACGCCUCUGACAGCCAUGACAUGAAGAAUGGACGGACCUCGUUGCUGGACAGCGGGGAGGACUUUGAGGUUUUAGACGAAGAGGACAUUGACGACGACCCUCCUCCUCUGGAGGAUGCCGGAGGCGGGAAGGGGAAAAAUACAGAUGAAAAUAAAAACACAGACCCUGUAGAUCCAGAGCAAGAAUGGCUGGAUGUAUUAGGUAAUGAUCUGCUGAAGAAAAAAGUCCUGGAGGCAGGCGCAGGGCGAGACAGUCGGCCACAGAAAGGACAGAAUGUGAAGAUCAAUCUUAAAACAUACCUGAAGGACGGGACACCUGCAGCGGAGGAGCCGAAUAUCUCUUUCACUCUUGGAGAUGGAGAUGUUAUCCAGGCUCUGGAUCUCACAGUGCAGCUCAUGGAAAUGGGAGAGAAGGCCCUUGUCCAGACUGAUGCAAAAUACGCAUAUGGUGCCCGGGGGAGUCUUGAACCUGAAGUCCCUCCCAACGCUGAGCUGUCCCUAGAAGUGGAACUGCUGGAAGCUACUGAUGCCCCAGACCUGGAGCUGCUGCCCCCUCCAGAAAAGAUUGCUCUGGCCAGCCAUAAGAGAGAGCGAGGCAACGUUCAUUAUCAGCGUGGGGACUACGCUUUUGCUGUCAACUCAUACAGCAUUGCCCUGCAGAUAACAGAGUCCAAUUCUAAAGUUGACAUUAGUCCUGAGGAGGAGAAUGAACUCAUGGAUGUAAAAGUGAAGUGUUUAAACAACAUGGCCGCAUCUCAACUGAAAUUGGAUCACUAUGAUGCAGCACUUAAAUCUUGUGUCUCAGCACUGGCGCACCAGCCAGACAACAUAAAAGCUCUUUUCCGCAUGGGCAAGGUGCUAGCCUUGCAAGGUGAAUACACAGAAGCCAUUCAAACCUUGAGGAAGGCACUGAAGUUGGAACCAAGCAACAAGACUAUCCAUGCAGAGCUCUCCAAGCUGGUGAAGAAGCACUCGGAGCAAAGAGGAGCAGAGCAGGCGAUGUAUAAGAAGAUGCUGGGUAAUCCCACCAGUGGCAGCAGCAGCACACAGGAGCACCGGGUCAAGUCUUCAUGGGGUCUGAGCUGGAAGUGGCUAUUUGGCGCCACUGCAGUAGCGAUUGGCGGUGUAGCAUUAUCUGUUGUCAUAGCUGCUAGAAAUUGAACCAAGCCUGUAGUGAUGGCCUGACCUGCCCGACCAAACCACUGCAAUGUGAGAGCCUAAACACAGAAGCACAUCUGGCAGUGCCUUCUGACCUUUGGCCAAAAAAAAAAGAGGGUGGAAAUGUCAGUUGCUUCUUCACUGUCACUCUUCUUUCUCUGCUAUGUUUGAGGAACUAUAUGUGACAAACAAUAAAACAUCAAUAUUUGCAUAUGGGAACUGUAUUUCCAACCUUUAUAGAUGUGUAGGAUUAUACAUAUCUGUCACGUUGCCAGGCACUGUUUUCUGUUUUGCUACCAUUGUUUUGUCUUUGGUAGUUAUUCUUGGAAAAGGAUCGAGCAUCAAAAUUAAAAAAAUAAUAAUUUACCAUAGAUUCAGAUAGAAGCUAAUUAAACAUAUUUCCCCCAGAUUAGCUAUUGUGAUAUGGUCCUAUGUUAUGCUUUAGUUUUAAAGUGUCAGAUUGUACAGGUAAAUGAAUAUUUCCUAUCCCAGAGAGAAUAUGUGGUUUCACCUUAUUUUUUUUUUAUUUUGGUACAGUAUGCCAUGUUGACUAGUGGCUAAUGCAGAUCCACCGUGUCGCAUUUAGGUAGAUCUAUUGUCAAAAAUUUCAUGUAAUAGUCAUACAUAUGUUCUAUAUAGUUAUGAGUUAUGGUUAUAUAUUCACAUUUCAAUUGUUUGGGUCCUCCUCUCCACCAUGUCGGACCACCAUCUUCCUUCAGUAGCCCACAACAAACAAACCAAACACUGCCUCUAGAGAGAUAGAUUUAGCAUUUGCAGCUACCAUAGUUUCUCCUACAUGCUUGGAAGGGGAGGUUGAGGCAAGUAGUAUUCAGUUGGUCGCACUCUGUAGCCUCAGCGCUACAUGCCACUAAAUCCUAGACACUGAUCCUUUAACUUGUAUGUGUGGCAAUUCAGUUAUGUAGUGUAUAUUGAGGCUGGAGUCUGUUGUGCUGUUAUACGGAAAAGUGUUCCUAAAAUUGUGUGCACCUCAUUAACAUAAACAAAGGAGCGAAACUAUCACCCACUAACACCUUACAGCAUAAUGCAGGUAAAUUAAAAUAUGACAAACUGCAGCCUCAAAAAAAGUACCAUGGAAUUUUGUCAACUGCAACGGACAAAAAUAACCUGUCACAAAGGUGGUUUAUACAAAACAUGACUGUGUGGGGUUUUUUUAUAUUUCUGGUCACUUGUGCAUACAUAAAUACAAACAUUAAAGCAAAUAUGCUGUAAUUUCUUUUCCAUUUUUGUUCAGUUGCUAAUUUCUUGUCAAUAGGUGUUACCUUUUUAAAACAAGAACAAAGAAUGGUACUUAGAAUUUCUCUGUGAUGUGGCUGUGAAUAAUGCUGAAGGAGACAUUAUUUGUAUCAAUCAGUCAAUCAUUACCUCAGUUUUUGUUGAUUAAGACCAAAAUGUUGAAGUACAAUGUUGUUUCUGCUUGUAUAGUUUUUCCUUUUAAUUAUGUUCCUAUGGAUGUUUUUAUUUAUUCCACUGUGUUUUGAUGAUUGCUUUCUUACAUACAGUUAAUGUGACAUCACUGAAUCUGUGGCUUCUUCAGAGUAAAUGUUAGUCUGGGCGGAGCCAAAAGUUGCAUAAUCUUUUAACAUCUCAGUGAAGCGGUCAUAGAAGUUCCUGGCAUUCCCUGCAUUUGUUAAUUUUAUAUUCAUCACAAUAAAAAUGUGUCUGUUAUUAAACU